AUGAAUGGGGUAAUAUUUCCGGCUGAACUCACUGCUUUGGACAUUGCAAAUAUGAAAUUUGCACCCAUUACCUCGAUGGAAGUCGAGCGCUCCUUCAGUCGGAUGGAUUAUAACUAUUACAUGAAUGCUUUGAAAGUUAUAGCAGUGGCAGAAUCGUUUGGAUAUUUAAAUCCUCCUAGAAGAGAUAGAGAAUUUUGGAUUCAUCCUUUUAAUAAAAGUAGAGAGGAAAAAGCACGCUUCAUUAAUUUUUAUGCAGACAUCAGACAAUACCCACUCAAAUUUUUUGAGUACUAUAGAAUGUCGAUAACUUCAUUCGAUGAACUUUUGGAACAGGUGCGUCCACAUAUUACGAAAAAAGUUACAACAUUCCGAUAUCCAGUUUCAGCGGAGGAAAGACUGACUCUUACAAUAAGGUAA